AUGUCUCUUCAGACAUUAUUCAAGCAACACUGUAUUGUUCCGGAUGUUCUAACGACAGCACCUUCUGAGAUAUUGGAUAUACAAUAUUCUAGUGGUGUUAACGUUGAUAUGGGUAAGGAAUUAACUCCAACUCAAGUAAAAGAUAAGCCAGUUGUAAAAUGGACAUCCAAAGAGUCUGAAUAUUAUACUCUGGCUAUGGUUGACCCAGAUGCGCCGAGUCGUGAAAAUCCAAAGUUUCGAGAAUGGCACCACUGGCUCGUAGGAAAUAUUUUUGGAAACGAUAUGAACAAAAGUGAAAUAUUAUCUGAUUAUAUAGGCUCUGGUCCACCAAAAGGCACAGGUCUACAUCGUUACGUGUUUUUACUGUACAAGCAACAAGGCAAAUGUGAUUUUUCGAAAGUCCCAAAAUUGCCUAAUAAUUCUGGAGAAAAAAGAGGAAAAUUUUCUAUUUCGAAAUUUGCGCAACAAUUUAAAUUAGUGACAUCGACUGUUCGUGUUCGUGCGUCGUAUCGCAGAGUUUCGUUGGAACAAAGAGAAGUGACGUUCAAUCGUAUGUCCAUCCAGAAUCUCAACACAUUUGACCCAUUCGCCGAUGCUAUCAAAAGCUCGGAGGACGACGUACAAGAUGGUCUAGUCCACGUCCGGAUUCAGCAACGGAGCGGGCGUAAGACGCUGACUACGGUACAAGGCCUCUCGUCGGAAUAUGACUUGAAGAAGAUUGUGCGGGCAUGCAAGAAGGAGUUCGCGUGCAACGGAACGGUUGUCGAGCAUCCGGAAUACGGCGAGGUGCUACAGUUGCAAGGCGAUCAGCGCGAAAACAUUUGUCAGUGGCUCACCAAAUCCGGGCUCGUGAAGCCCGAACAGCUGAAGGUGCACGGCUUCUAA